CGAUAUGAGUAUUGAACGCGUCCGCGGCCAAGGAGCAGCCAGCAGGUGUCUGGAACUGGUGCUGCUGGAACACUCAGAACAACUAGCACAGGCGAACCGCAGUUCAGAUUAUAUUUCUUUUCUCGGAAGGAUGAAGAAAACAGGUAGCGAGCGGGCCUGGACGCGUGAUCUUGGGUAUAUAGCGUGUGAUCAUAUAUGAAGGAGAUGGCUUAUAGUAAAUAGUGCUUUGGCAGGCAUAAGCAUGCUUGGCUUUUCUUGCUUAUUGUAGAACGGAAAUAGCGAGUACAAGGUAGUCAGUUGAAUAACUUAACGAAGGGGAAAUAGCGGUGUUCUUUGGAAGUAAUAAAUAUUUUUGGACUU